GUCCUUACAACUAGCUAGACAUGCUGCUGCAAUAUUUGCGGUCCUUACUAGUCAUGCUGCUGCAAUAUUUGCGGCUGGGCUCCGCGGCUGCGCCUCGCGGCCGCCGCUUUGGCCAGCAGGUUUCGGUCCCGGCAUGCCCGACACGCGGUGGCUUGUCCAGCUGCCUGACAUGGAAUAACCUUGUUGGGUCAAGCGUGAUGAGCAAUCUGCAGCAGCCGCGGCGGGGCAUGGCUCAAAACGCGACCGGCGGCGGCAGCGACGACCAGGCCGCUGCUACCAGCAGCGACUUCCGCGACGGCGAGGAUGGCAAGGCUGCCGCAGCCGCCGCAGCCGCCGCAGCCGCCGCAACCACCGCAGCCGCCGCAACCGCAGCCAACGACGACGACGACGACGAUGGCACGCCGGUUGACCCGGAGGCGCUGUUGGCGCGGCUGACGCAGCCGCGCAUGCCCGAGAACGUCCUGCUGCACCAGUACUGGGAGCCGUGGACGCGCUACCUUAUGGCCACCAGCCCCGAAGAUAGCGCCAGCGAUGAGAUGCGACAAGCCCGGGCAGCCCUGGGCCUGCUAAUCCGCGACAGGGUAGCGGUCCGCUACAUGUCGUGGGCGGUGCCAUCCACAGAGGCGCUGGAGGUGAUUGCGCAGGUGUCGGGGGGCCGGGUGGUGGAGGUGGGCGCCGGCACCGGGUACUGGGCGUGGCUGCUGGCGCUGCGUGGCGUGGACGUGGUGGCUGUGGACAACGACUCCGAGUACCACUUCGAAGAGGAGCCAGCGGACGGCGAGGAGCCGGCAGCAGCAGAUGGCGAGGAUGCGGAGGUGCCGAAGGGGCCGCCGAUCCGAUAUUUCAAGAGCAUGCAGGUGUGUGACGGCCCCGAGUUCCUGGCGCGCCACGGCGGCUGCCCCGACCGCGCGCUGCUGCUGUGCUGGGCGCGGCACGACAUGGGCGAGGCCAGCCUAGCCGCCUACCGCGGUGACACGGUGGUGGCUGUGGUGAACACUGGCGCCACGUGGGAGCUGGACUCGCGGAAGCACCCCGAGUGGCGGCAGGUGCGCCGCGUGCCGCUGCCCCAGUGGAGGGGCAUCCACGACGACCUGCGCGUGUACCGGCGGCGCGUGAUGGCUGGGCGGAAGGAGGAGGACGGGGGCAACUGAGGUGGGGGUGGGCCGGCGUGCUCCGGCUCUCACGUGUUGAGGUUCUGCUGGCAAGGGGAAGAGUGGAGGUGUGGGGCGGAUCAGAGGAUGCAUGGCGAGAGUUGUGGAAGGUGUGGGAUGGAUGAGGUACCGAUAGAUGCGUUAGGCUAGGGGGUGCACGAUCGACACGCGGAAGUACGGUGACUGGCUGAGGGGCCAGCGGCCGGGGCAGCAUCUAUCUAGGGCAUCAAGCAGCCAUACAUACGCAUGCAUGCGACGUGUUUGUUGUGGGUCGGUGUGGAAUGCGCGUUUCCAUCACUGCAUUGAUUGCGCUAAGCCAAUGGAUUGAGUCGUUGAGCAAAGCCAAUUCUGUGGCGUGAGAGCCGCCUCACCCCGGUUCGCGGCACGUGCUGGAGUGCUGUGCCGCAGUAGAUAUAUAGGGCGGAAUGCACGAUUCCUUAACAAGUACUUUCUUUGAGCGUGUUCACAUCGGUAGGCAAGCAGACCCGCGCCUGGGCGGCAGGGGCUUUGGGGUGCAUGCGUCCAAAAGCCUGCUACGUACGCUGUCAUACGUACGGCACAUACAUGCAUGCAUGGGGACAGCGAGCGCGGUAGUGGCGGUGCGUGGCAUUGCGCGGCGCCCGCAGAACGAAGCGCACCGCGACACAAACUACUGUAACUGAGAUUGCGC